GCGAUAGAUGGUAUCUUAUAAUCCCCUGGGACUGAACAGGACUCUUAUUCCGUUACAAAAUAGUGAAUUCUGUCAAACUGUUACCAUGAAGUCGGUGGUCUUGGGAGCUCUCGCCAUUUUUGCUGUCAGUGUGUACGCCGAGUACUGUAGAGACGGACGGGACUGUUCUAUCACUAUCUGUCCCUCCAACUCGUCACACAUUGCCUGUCACGGAGGAAGAUGUACCUGUGAUGCCUUCACGCCAUGCUCUGACAUCACGGACUGUUUGAACCUCGGGCGCUGCAGAGACCACGACCGUCACUACCACUGCCUGGACAGCGAGUGCACGUGCCUGAAAGAUGAGGACAUUCCACACUAAACCAAUAAACCUUUAGAACACAAUCAAAAAA